AUGCCUUCCACAUACAAGCGCGACAAACCCUGGGAUACCGACGACAUCGACAAGUGGAAAGAAGAGCCGUUCAAGGCAGAAGAGAACAUCGGCGGCACCUUCAGCGAGGAAUCCAGCUUUGCGACCCUCUUCCCCAAAUACCGCGAAGCCUACCUCAAAGCAUCAUGGCCCGCCAUCACGCGCGCCCUCGAGAAGCACGGAAUCGCAUGCACCCUGGACCUGGUCGAGGGCAGCAUGACGGUCAAGACGACGCGCAAGACCUACGACCCCGCCGCCAUCCUCAACGCACGAGAUCUGAUCAAACUGCUCGCGCGCAGCGUGCCCGCCCCGCAGGCGCUCAAGAUUUUAGACGAUGGCAUGGCGUGCGAUGUCAUCAAGGUGCGCGGCCUGGUGCGCAACAAAGACCGCUUCGUCAAGCGCCGACAGCGCAUCCUCGGGCCCAACGGCAGCACGCUCAAAGCCCUCGAGCUCCUCACGCAGACCUACAUCCUCGUCCAGGGCAACACGGUCGCCGUCAUGGGCGGCUACAAGAGCCUGAAAGAGGUCCGGCGCGUGGUGGAGGACUGCAUGGCCAACAUCCACCCCAUCUACCACAUCAAAGAGCUCAUGAUCAAGCGCGAACUCGCCAAGGAUCCGGAACUCAAGAAUGAGAACUGGGAUCGCUUCCUGCCGCAUUUCAAGAAGCGGAAUCUGAGCAAGCGCCGGAGACCGCAUGUCGUCAACGAUAAGAGCAAGAAGGUCUACACGCCCUUCCCGCCGCCGCAGGAGAAGAGCAGGAUCGAUCUGCAGAUUGAAAGCGGCGAGUAUUUCCUGAACAAUGCGGCCAAGGAGCGCGCGAAGAAGGACAAGCGGGAGGAAGCGAUGAUGGAGAAGAUGGAAGAGAAGAAGCGGAAGCGGGAAGAGGCAUUCGAGGCUCCCCGGGAGGCCGAGGACGAGAAGAAGGCCAAGAAGCACAAGAAGCGGAAGAGUAGUGAAGACGGGGAGAAGAAGCAGAAGAAGCGGAAAGCGGAUGCUGGAGAGGAAGAGGAAGAGGAAUAG